UAUUUGCAGUCUUCGUCUUGUGUAUUUUUUCGAAAUCUUGCCAUGGCUUCACUUGCAACGUUUUUGCACUGAUCCUUUUAAAAAACGGCAUUACAACAAAUCUGGCCUUUUGACAGAUUAUUGCAACUAAAAAUCUUCCCCAAUCGAAGGCAUGUUUGCCUAUCAUCAUGUUUGCUUUCGUAUCCCUCUCCGUAAGCACACACCACACACAUUCUCAUGUCGCUUUUCCCCCGCCCCUGGGACGAGUUGUAGGAAACGCUACGGAAAAAAGAAAGCACCUGCGAUUCAGGAAUUCCAUUCAUCGAACCAAGGUUUGUCCCUCGGCAGCGUAUCUAUCAUCUGCGGAACGUUCCUGUUUUGCAGCCAAUUUCUUCAGUGAUUUACCAGAUCGAGAACGAUCGUCACUCGUGGGGGCAGAAAACCAAUCGAUCGAUCGAUAGUUUUGCAAACGAUGUAAACAAAAGUGAUGAGGUGGACAGAAUAGUGGCGAUCGGUUGGAGCAAAAGAAAGUGAUCGAACAGUGCGCACAGAAGAAGAAAGCGAAUACCCCCAAAGUGGUAACGAAAUCGCGCGAAUCCCUUCGGUUGUCAUGGCGUUUUUAUCAUCAAUACUACUUUUCGCUGCCUGCUUGCUGUUGGUACGAUUAAUACAGCUGCUUGUAUCGGUACGCCGUGGCCAAAGCGGGUCCGUCCUUUCCCCACGUACCACUCCUGCCCGCACAAUGGUUGUGAUGGGAUCGGGUGGCCAUACGGCCGAAAUGCUCCGCAUAGUCGACCGUCUAGAUUGCGAACGUUAUUCUCCGCGACAGUACGUGAUCGCCAGUACGGACAAAACGAGCGUUGUGAAAGUUAUCGAGAGCGAGAUCCGUCGGGAACCGGAUCCGGAGAAGCAGACGUACGAAAUCAUCACCAUUCCCCGCAGCCGGGACGUUCACCAGAGCUACGUCAGCUCCAUCGCAACGACCGUGCUGGCGCUGAUUAACUGUGUACCGCUCGUGCUGAAGGCUCGCCCGGAGCUUAUUCUUACCAACGGGCCCGGUACGUGCGUGCCCGUAUGUUUGGUCGCAUUUCUGGCUCGGCUGCUCUUUCUCAACACCAAAUGUAGAAUCGUGUUCAUCGAAAGCUUCUGCCGCGUGCGCAGUCUUUCGUUGAGUGGCCGCAUACUGCUCUACAUCGUGGAUAUGUUCGUAGUACAGUGGCCCGAGCUGCUCGAGAAGACGUCCACCACGCGAACGGACGUGCGUUGCUUUGGGCGGUUAUAAGCCGCACCGCAAUCUUUAUUUAUAUGAUCAAAGAGGAAAGCUACAAAUAUAAUGUAAUAAUUCACCGAA